GACUGAGCAAAGGUCAUCUAUUUGCGAUGGCAGCGAGGGUAAUCCAAGAUGGAGUCAAUGAACUCGUGAAAACUACCAUAUUGGAAGUGGAAAAGGUUUUGAGACACUUACCACAAAAGGGUGACAAAGUCGAUGUGAUCACAGCAUCUGGACGCAAUGAGUACAAUCAAGAAGAUGGGGCCAUAAGGCAACAAAAAAAUUUAUCGGAGCUGAUUAUCGACCAGCAGACGAUGUCAAGCUGUUCUGUGGAUCGUUAUGGAGAAUCUCGAGGUCUACCCAAGGCCGCCGCUCACAUUCUGUCUGAUUCGAUUCGCGUCACACAUAUGGAAAACAUGGAUGGCAUGAACAUCGACAUGACAUUACGCUUGAAAAGAGAACAUUCGAGCCAAGUGCAGUUGGUGGAUAUUCGCAUCGAAUGCCCUGAUUUUAAACCAAAACGAAUGCGAAUUGGCGGUCGUUGGUAUAACAUAGACUUCACAGAGUGUCACGAAUCUCUUCACUCAGUGCAGAACCAGGCGACAGAGACAAUAACAGACGCAGAGCGAAGUGUUGGAUUGGCUCUGGGCCAACUAGAGCUGCGCAACGAGUACGUGGCCAACCUACCGGCAUCCACGCUAUUCGUAAACGGCUGUGCUGUACUUAACUUCAAAUUGAAUAAGAGGAACCAAGACUUCAGCAACUUCGUCGUCGAAAGUGAAGUGAAGACGGUCGGCGACAAAGUUCGCGAAUUUCUACUAUCACUCCAAUACUUCCGCGUAAUUAUCGCCUUUUGGAACGUGUUCAUCAUCUUUCUUAUGCUUGUUUUCUUCUCUCAUUAA